AUGGGGAGGGUCGCGCUGUUGCUCGCCUUAUGUCUGGGCUUCGUUUUGGUCGUCGGCUCCAAGGCUGAGCAAUGCGGCAGCCAAGCUGGGGGUGCGCUGUGCCCCGGGGGCUUGUGCUGCAGUCGGUUCGGUUGGUGUGGAAGCACCGCACCGUACUGCGAUCUAGCGCAAGGAUGCCAGAGCCAGUGCUGGGGCCUGACCCCAUCCCCGCCUCCCCCGUCCCCGCCGCCCCCGUCACAGCCGCCGAGCGGCGGCGUGGCCUCUAUUAUUAGCCAGACCCUUUUCGACCAAAUGUUGCUGCACCGCAACGAUGCUGCUUGCCCGGCGAACAACUUCUACACUUACAGCGCCUUCGUCACCGCAGCGAACUCUUUCCCCGCGUUCGGAACGACGGGGGACCUCACCACCCGCCAGAGGGAGAUCGCGGCUUUCUUGGGGCAAACCUCUCAUGAAACUACUGGUAGGAGAGGAGAAUGAAGAUUUCGUUGAUAUCUUAGUCUUUUGAAUCACCAGUUGGCUAAUGGUUUUGUUGAACGCAGGAGGUUGGGCUACUGCGCCAGACGGCCCCUACUCCUGGGGGUACUGUUUCAAAGAAGAGGUUGGAAACCCUGGAGAUUAUUGUCAGCCAAGCACACAGUGGCCUUGUGUUUCGGGGAAGAAGUACUACGGGAGAGGACCGAUUCAGAUCUCAUAGUAAGUAUAUUGUUGCUUUGACAAACUCUACUCGUCGUUUGUUCCCAUAUUCAUUUCGGUUGCUUUGCUGUGACUGCACUUCAGCAACUACAACUAUGGCCCAGCCGGCCAAGCAAUCGGAGUGAACCUCCUCAACAACCCUGACCUGGUGACCUCCGACCCCGUCGUUUCCUUCAAGACGGCCCUGUGGUUCUGGAUGACCCCGCAGUCCCCGAAGCCGUCGUCCCACGAUGUCAUCACCGGAGGAUGGACGCCAAGCGCCGCCGAUGUUGCCGCUGGACGGCUGCCCGGCUACGGCGUGAUCACCAACAUAAUCAACGGGGGGCUAGAGUGCGGGCAUGGAUCCGAUAACCGGGUGGCGGAUCGCAUUGGGUUCUACAACAGAUACUGCAACAUCUUUGGAGUUAGUCCCGGCGUGAAUGUCGACUGCUACACCCAGGGGCCAUUUGGAUGA